AUGGAGAACGAAGCAGCAGCGACCACCCUAGCUGUCGCGGGCGCGGUGUGCUGGUCCAUCCAGCUUAUCCCCCAGAUUAUCGUCAACUACCGCAGGCACCAUGCGCGAGGCCUGCACGCAAGUAUGAUGUUCCUCUGGGCAAUAGCGGGCGUGCCUCUCGGCGUAUACAACAUAUCGCACAACCUCCACCCGGCUCUCCAGGUCCAGGCGCAGAUCCUGACUGCGCUGAGCCUCGUCACUUGGGCACAGUGCAUGUACUACAACGCUAAAUGGUCGAUAUUGAAAGUCGCCAGUAUGGCGUGCGGAAUAGGGUCCAUACUGGCAGGUAUCGAAGUGGGUCUAGUCUACGCACUGAGGCUUGCUAUUGCGCAACACCUCGAAUGGCCCUCCAUCCUCGUCGCGGCCAUCUCGGCCGCCCUCCUCGCUUCGGGUGUCCUGAGGCACUAUUGGGAUAUUUAUCAAACGCGCACCGUGCGCGGGAUAAGCUUUCUGUUCGUGGGGAUUGAUGCGCUCGGGGAUCUGACAAGUCUCUUAUCGCUCCUCUUCCGAGUCCCGUUCGAUACCCUCGGCGCGGUCAUAUACGGUACAGAACUCGUCCUCUGGAUCGGAAUCAUGCUCUGCGGUCUCGUUCUCGGUACAGACGAUAGCUUGCCCGCUGAUCUCGCGAUGAAUGGCGUGACAGAUGUAGGAUCGGUACCGGCUUUGACGACCGCUUCAGCCCGGGUAGAUUCGGCGGAUGUGAUAGGGCGGUCCACUUCAAGAGUGGCAUCCAGUAUCGGUGGUUCCUCUAUCCGAAGCAGACAUUCGAACUACUCGGUCUUCCGUACAGCAUCUCUUCGGUCCGUUUUAGAUGAAUAG